AUGCUCCAACACGACACUUGGCAGUCGCAUGCAGAGUGGGUGGGAUGGCGUGUCAGUGGAGGUGCACGUGUGGCGAGGUGCAUUUAUGGGAGCACAGUGGUGACUCAGCACAGUAAUAAAUGGGGCGUGAAAGAUAAAUGGCGUGAGGUACACGACUUGUUUUCUGGAUUAAGUGGAUUUGCGUGGAACCUGGUUAGUAUGAAAUUUCAUGCUGAGGACGAAGUUUGGAUGGACCUGAUUCAGUCCAGGCCAACUGCGGCAAAGUGGAGAGUUGAUAGCAUAAAACACUAUGAUUUAAUGGUUGAGUUAUGGGCAGCUGAUCGAGCUACAGGGACUGGUGUUCGAACCGCUCGUCAAGCACGAAGACAGCGAGUUGGGCCUCGUGUAAGUGUUGAUUUGAACCAAAAUAUUGAGUACACUCCAGAACAGCCUGAUUGGACGAGGUAUAGAGACCCAACCCCACCAUCUCCUCAUCCAUCUGUAGAUGAAUAUAGUCCAGGACAGACUCAAUCUGUGCCUUCUGUCCCAUCCGGUGGUACUUCAUCUUCACGCGGCUAA